AUGAAAUCAAAGUGGACUAGUGCUUCUGGUAUCAAAGAAAGAUUUAAAAAGACAAUAGACUCUGAGGACGAACAUCAAAAGUCUCAUUUACCACAUGGUCGACAAAGCCAUUAUGGCCAUGUACAUCGCCGUCAUCGGUAUCGUCAAUACUUAUCACUGGACAUUCUCGAGUCCGACAAAGUACAAUCUAUGACUUCUGCAGCAGCAAGUACUUACAACACAACUCGUUCAUUAACCAAGUCUCUGUGGAGAAUAAUGAAAGAUGCAACCAUUAUGUGCACCGAAGUCACUGUACUGGCCACAGCGCAUGCGUAUACUGCACUAAGUGGGGGCAGUAGUGGUGGUGGUAGUGGUGGUGGGAAUAGUAGUAGUGGUAUAAACUCUAAUGCUCAAACUUCUUCUCUGGAAAGGAUUGUACAGGAGGAUGAAGAACUAGAACUAGAACAAGAACAAAUCCCAAUUUCAAAGGUGCAAAGGAGAAAAUCAAAAUCAAGUGGGAAAAAGAAUAGAAAAAUUAAUCGAGCGCAACUUCGCAACAACCACCCAAAUGUCAGUUUUGCAACCAAUACCCAAUGCACACCAUCAAUGCCAUCAUUAUUAUUAAAACAAGAACAGCAAGAACAGCAAGAACAGCAACAUGGCUACCAAAAAUCUCUGUUGCAGACAAGAAGAAACCACACAAUGACCACAUCAAAUAUACUCAGCCGAUACCCUUCACCACUACCAAUUCAGUCAGAUAUAAGCUAUGACGUAGAUGUGGACUCACUCACGAUUAGUUCGAGAUCAAGCACUAUUAGUGAAGUGGAGUUAUCACAGGUGCAUAUUGAAUGUAGACUGGAAGACAACAAUUUAUUUAGUCGCCAUUGUCGAAGAUGUCAAGUUGGGAUUAGAGACAAAAAUAUGGACAAAAAUAAGGAUAAAAAUAGAACCAGAAACAGAAACAGAAACAGAAAUAGGUGUAAGGGCAGUGGCAGAUGCAGAGGCAUAGAAAAGAAAUGUAUGUCUUCAGUCAAGGGAUUUGAGAAUAUUAAUCUCUUGGAGUUGGGAAUAUUGUGUUUAGUGAUGGUUAUGCUUUUCGUUAUUAUAAAGAUGAAAUGA